UCAGUACAUUUUUGCCCAGACCUCUUGCGCCUGCUCAGAAAGAUCAACGAUCAGCCGUGUUAACGUUAACGUUCAACAUAACAACAGAGUGAUAAAUAGAUAAGAUAAAGUUCUAAUAAUCCGGAAAGACGGACACGUAGUGCGUAAUGUGGACCAGAUCGUUUUAUGUGUGGUUUGCAUCGAUGAUAACAUUACUACUGACGACCGAGAUCGCAACAACAAAUGGUGGGUUAAUCACCGAAGCAAACAUCUGCAAGACUUCGAUUCAACCAUCUUCUUAAACAACAAUGUAUAGCAUUAGUUGCUAUAGCACAAAUAAACAUUUGUGUUUGAAUUGUGUUGUGUAGUGGAUGCAUCCAUGCCACAAUUCUUGGAAAUGCCGUGUAGCACAAUCAAUACGAAAUGAUCGUAUGAAGGCCAUCUGUAUUCGCUUUUAGAAAGUCUCGGAUGGAGUGGAACAAUCAACGAUGCGUUGCCACCGCACAACCCAAGCCAACGUGUCAAACGAAACGAAGAGAAGCUUUGCUAAAACGAUGUUAUGAAUGUCGAUCACGAAGCGAGCUCGGAAGUUGCAAAGAUCCAUUCCUGUUGAAUGCUACUCAAGUUGAAAGUGAACGUGGCGUGUCAGCUGUACCAUGCGCAUCCGGUUGGUGUGGUAAAGUAAUCGAAGGAAUGGGCUCGUUUCGUGAAGAUGAUUAUGAUAUGGCUACCCAACGCAUGUGCGUUCAGCGUGGACCCUCUGAUUCCGAGGACCGCUGCGCGUACACCGUCUACAACCACAAGAAGGUCUACAUGUGUUUUUGCCAGGGAGAUCUCUGCAACGCGGCCAACACACCUAGAUACUCACACCAGUGGGUCGGCUUUUACAGUAGUACGCUACUACUAAUGUUAAUGUUUUGGUCCUACUAAAUAUUAAAGAUUUAAAGAUGUCCAGGUAACCGAUCACGAUCAAAAGUCACCGAUUCCUCACAAAGCGCUUCUUUUGGAAAAGGAUGCUUAACACGAUCAGCAUCCUGUUGCUUCCAAAUUUAGGUGAUGCUUUAUGGAAAUCGCCUUGAACAUUUUUGGCGUUGAACGUGUUGACAUGCUUAUGAUAAUUCCACCCAACUGUUAAUACAAACAACAAUACUCCUAUUAUACCUUUGUUUUUACAAACCAUAUUUUUAUAUAUUUGUAAUCACGUGUAACGUUCCAUCCAUUUUAUUCCAUUGCUAUUUAAUACUUUUAUUAGGUAUUUGUUAAUUGUAUAAAUUCUCAAAACACGACUAAAUUAGUUGAAGCCAUUUUUAUUUUUCGAUCGCUUUUAUUGUGUAUGUCCUAGAGAAGUAUAUAUUGAUAAAUAAACUAUAUUCUUUUCGUGGUCAACAAAACAAUGUACCCAUGAGAUCUUAAAUUCUUAAAUUAUUAAAUGAAUUGAGUAGUCUGCAAAGAUCGGUUUAUGAUCAUUUUUCCUUAACUAUACGAUGAUUUUCUUUAUGCAAUAAUUUAUUGUUAAUAAUUUAUUGUUCUCCAAAGUGCCUUUUCAAGAGUUUCGGAUAUUUUGCAUGCUAUCGAUUUCCAAUAGGUAAGACAUUGUUGUUGUUUUUUUUAAAUAUUUUUCAUACUUUAAUUUAUUUACUAAUUGCUUUACCGAAACAGAAAGUUGCUUAAAAAGUAAUACAAAUUAUUAUGAUAGUUGCAGUAAUGAGUAAUCCCAAUUUCCAGAGUCCAAUUGUUCAUUUGUUUAACUCUAUCGCAACAGAGCAAGCUAUUUUUAAUGCAUGGGUUAAAAUUUAUUGUGCAAUUAAAAAUGCUAUUGCUUGUUUAAUCUGAUUAAAAUAACUAUUAUUCUUUUUUAUGAAAUCAAAACGAAAACAUUUUAUAAUGAUUUGCUCAACGCUUUAAAAGAAUAUUUUAAUCUAGACUAAAAUGUAUACACUUUGAUUAU